GUUGACGCACUUUAUUUACUUCUGAUAAUCGUGGAAUUUUUGCUAAAUAUAUUAAAAAGUUUGGGUAACGUCGUGGUAUUUUUACUAAAACAGCUGAUACAGCUAUUGUUUAAUGUAAACAUGACGGAGACGUCGUCUAAGAGGAGAAAGCGGAACAAUAGUGGCCCAAACAAUAACCCAACGGUUGCAAUCCGUGGUGUUAUCAACGCGAAUUGGCAGAAGUUUCUAUCGAGUAACCUAAUAAUGGACAAGAAAACAGAAAAGCCAGCGGAGGCAGACAAUAAGGAGCACUACACAGGAACUUUCCGCCGCGCCAGAAAGAAAAAGGGGCAAAAUGUUAGCGUAGAAAAUAACCUCAAAACUUUGAAUCUGAACCAAACAAACAACAAUGUUGAUCAUAAAGAUGUUUUGAAUACCGAGUCAGUGGAUAAAAAUGACGGUAAAGUAAAAAAUAAUAACAAAAAAAACACUUUGACAAAAUUUAUAGCAAUGGACUGUGAGAUGGUUGGUGUAGGGUACGAUGGCAACGAUCACAUGCUGGCCAGAGUGUCUUUAGUUAACAAAUUCGGUGACUGCAUCUAUGAUAAAUUCGUGAAAGCUCGUGAAGAAGUUAUCGACUACCGAACGGAAGUCAGUGGAAUCCGUAAAGAGGACAUGUUGAACGGUGAAGACUUCACAACGGUACAGAAAGAGGUAGCGGAAUUAAUCAAGGGCCGUGUUUUAGUCGGUCAUUCGUUGAAGAACGAUCUGACUGUACUGUUUUUGUCACAUCCGAAGAGGAAUAUCAGAGAUACGUCAAGAUACAAACCAUUUAGAAAAAUCACCAAAGGCAGCACACCAUCUCUAAAACGCCUUGCAAAAGAAAUCCUCGGCAUAGACAUACAGCACGGUGAACACAGCUCCGUAGAAGACGCUAAGGCUGCGAUGCAACUGUACUGCACCGUAGCAAAGAAAUGGGAAGCGAGCAUGAGCGAAAAGAGAGGGUACAAUAAGAAAUUUCUCGAAGAUUGACGAUACGUUAUUUUUAGAUAAAAUUAGUAUAUAAUAAAGUAUAUUUUUGUAUUCGCCAAAUUGUUAAUGUAAAUAUUGGUUUACAUAUGGAUUUUGAACUGGAUUCAACGAAAUUUACAGUAAUUUUUUUAGUAAGCAAAAUGAUAUGUAUUUCUUUGGAAGUCAUAAUAAUAUGUAAAUAUUUUUCCUACACAUGUCUAAUGUUCUCCUUUUUUAGUUUUUAUACAUAGAUACUAGUUUAUUUGCUGCUUUUGUUAUAUUAACGAAAUCAAUAAAGUAAUUACUACAAGUU